AUGCCUAGCCGCGGCCCCACUAUACCUAUCGGAGGGCGAACCGACCGUCACCAUCACCAUCGCCAUAGCACAGAGCGUGAGCCUCGCGAGAGAACCGAUCGUGGCCAUCACCAUCACCAUCACCACUGCACAGCUCAUGAACACCGCGAGAGAAUCGAUUACGACCACCGCGAACUCUACCUUCAGAUUUGCUACCCGCAGAAUAAUGCUGUCCAUUGGCUGAUCUUUAUGAAGUACCCUGGUGCCGAUCGUGGCACCCGGUUCCAUAGCACCGGCUGCAUGGGUGACCGUGAGUUGUCUAUUGAAACUGACAAGAGAUUUGAUAGUCAGGCGGUCGAGAGCACACACUAUCUCGGCACGAUUUAUGAGACGGACAGUUACCAUGUUCACCGAGAGGCUGGGAAGAUUCCACUUCAGAGCUGCCAACUAUGGGUUUGUUACUUGAUCCUUAGACUUGAGAACAAAAGGAUGCUCAAGAAGGGUACAUACGACCAUUAUAUGAACGGUUAUGAGCACAAUAUGGACGAGCAUUAUGGACCGGGAGAAGGGUUUGAGUGUCGGGUUCAUCUUCGUCGUGGACAUUAG